GGAAGUUCCGUCCACACCCGGGCUGCAAUGCUUUGAAUCGAUCACUGACUAAAACUGGCGGAGAACUUAAUUAAACCCUUUUUUGUUAUUAUUUUUCUACAUCCAACCACACGUUUUCAGCAGGCGCUGAUCAAGAUCAAGAAAUGUCUAACCAAGGAGUCCGGAGGAAUGGCCCCGUCAAACUGAGACUAACAGUCCUGUGUGCCAAAAACCUGGCAAAGAAAGACUUCUUCCUGGGGAAAUUCCGGAUUACCAGCAGCAAAGUGAAAGGCAAAUGGAAGCAUGCAGAUUCACACAAAGGCCUUCCUGAUCCCUUUGCCAAGGUCGUUGUGGAUGGUUCAGGCCAAUGCCACUCAACAGACACUGUGAGGAAUACGCUUGACCCAAAGUGGAACCAACACUAUGAUCUGUACAUCGGGAAAUCGGAUUCAAUCACCAUCAGUGUUUGGAAUCACAAGAAGAUUCAUAAGAAGCAAGGGGCAGGGUUCCUGGGCUGUGUCCGCCUGCUGUCUAACGCCAUCAACCGCCUUAAAGACACGGGCUACCAGAGACUAGACUUGAACAAGCUGAGCCCCAACGACAGCGACACGGUCAGGGGGCAGAUUGUCGUGAGCCUGCAGUCGAGGGACCGCAUCGGCUCAGGAGGUCAGGUAGUCGACUGCAGUCGGCUGUUUGACAACGAUCUUCCAGAUGGCUGGGAGGAGAGGAGGACCGCAUCUGGAAGAAUCCAGUACUUGAACCACAUCACACGCACCACGCAGUGGGAGAGGCCAACCAGGCCUGCAUCAGAGUAUUCCAGCCCCGGUCGGCCCCUCAGCUGCAUCGUAGACGAGAACACCCCCGUUAGCACGAACGGCGCAACACCCACGACAUCUUUACCCCCCAGCGACGGCGACCAGCGAGCCCAGGAGAGGCGGGUCCGAUCGCAGAGGCACCGCAACUAUAUGAGCAGAACCCACCUGCACAUGCACCCGGACCUUCCUGAGGGAUACGAGCAAAGGACGACGCAGCAGGGUCAAGUUUACUUUCUCCACACUCAGACAGGUGUCAGCACCUGGCAUGACCCCAGGGUACCCAGAGACCUGAGUAAUGUGAACUGUGAGGAACUUGGCCCUCUACCGCCAGGGUGGGAGAUCCGAAACACCGCCACAGGAAGGGUUUACUUCGUCGACCACAACAACCGAACCACGCAGUUCACAGACCCACGCCUCUCAGCUAACCUGCAUCUAGUCCUAAAUCCAAGCUCCAACGGUUCCCGAGGAAGCGGCGAGAGUCAAAACGUCAGUCGUCAGAACCAGGUGAAGGAUCAGGCCCAGCAGGCUCUGGUGUCCCCCGCCCAGCUCCCAGAAGAGGCAGAGUGUCUCACCGUCCCCAAGUACAAGAGAGACCUCGUUCAGAAACUCAAGAUCCUGCGUCAAGAGCUGUCACAGCAGCAGCCUCAGGCUGGCCACUGUCGGAUCGAGGUGUCCCGUGAGGAGAUCUUUGAGGAAUCAUAUCGGCAGGUGAUGAAGAUGAGGCCUAAGGACCUAUGGAAACGGUUGAUGGUGAAGUUCAGAGGUGAAGAAGGCCUCGACUAUGGAGGAGUGGCCAGGGAGUGGCUCUAUCUGCUGUCACACGAGAUGCUGAACCCUUACUACGGCCUCUUCCAGUACUCCCGCGAUGACAUCUACACGCUGCAGAUCAACCCGGAUUCUGCUGUAAAUCCUGAGCAUUUGUCAUACUUUCACUUCGUAGGCCGCAUCAUGGGGAUGGCUGUGUUCCAUGGCCACUACAUCGACGGGGGUUUCACUUUGCCCUUCUACAAACAGCUGCUGGGGAAACCCAUCACCCUGGAAGACAUGGAGUCCGUCGAUCCCGACCUGCACAACAGCUUGGUUUGGAUCCUGGACAACGACAUUACAGGUGUGCUGGACCACACCUUCUGUGUAGAGCACAAUGCAUACGGAGAAAUCAUCCAGCAUGAGCUGAAGCCCAACGGUAAAAGCAUCCCCGUCACACAGGAUAGCAAGAAGGAGUACGUCCGCCUCUACGUCAACUGGCGCUUCCUGCGAGGCAUAGAAGCCCAGUUCCUGGCCCUGCAGAAGGGCUUCAAUGAGGUCAUCCCUCAACAUCUGCUCAAAGCUUUCGAUGAAAAGGAGCUCGAACUGAUCGUAUGCGGGCUGGGUAAGAUCGACAUCAGCGACUGGAAGUCCAACACGCGGCUGAAGCAUUGCACUCCGGACACCCACAUCGUUAAAUGGUUCUGGAAGGCUGUGGAGUCUUUCGAUGAAGAGCGCAGAGCCCGGCUGUUGCAGUUUGUCACAGGUUCCUCCAGAGUUCCUCUGCAAGGUUUUAAGGCUCUUCAAGGUGCUGCUGGACCUCGACUCUUCACUAUACACCAGAUCGACGCCAGCACCAACAACCUGCCCAAAGCCCACACCUGUUUUAACCGAAUCGACAUUCCUCCCUAUGAAAGCUAUGACAAAUUAUACGACAAGUUACUCACCGCCAUCGAAGAGACGUGUGGCUUUGCCGUGGAGUGAAUGAACAGGCUCCGCCUCCCUCAAUCACAGGCUCAUGGGUUCGACCUUAUCAAGCUGCAGCAUACAGAGCAGAUCGGGAGGGGCUCAUACUCCGACAUGUAGCCACGCUAAAGGAAGGGAGGAAAGCGGACCAAUGGGUUUGGUUCUAAAACCCUCUUCCCUUAAUAUCUUUUUAUUUUAUCAUUGAAAAGGAUUUUCCAGCUGCUAAUAACUCUUAUUUACUAACUUGAGGAACCUUCAUUUUCUUUUUUUUUUUUUUCAUUUCAGCAUUUGAAAAUAGACCUUAUUCCAUGUAGCAAAAUGCUUCAUUUUUGUCAAGCAGAAUAAAAGGUCUGUUCACUUUGAAACAAACAAACAAACAAAAAAAAUCACAUUUAAAGGACAUAUUUUUAUGCUGCAAGCACCCUGGAAACACUAAAUCUGGAUGCAGAGGGAGCGGCUUUCCCAAAGCGAUCACCUGGCGGCGUUCCCAAGGAGGCGAGACGUAUGCAACCGCGAUGCCGAGGCUUAAAAACGGAGCUAAAACCGACUGUUUACAACCUCCUCCAAAGACAGAGGCAGGGACCUGUCGUCCCUGGAACCCUGACUCGCACAUUUUAAGAGCUAGCUGUGUUUGAAACGAAUGCAUCACUUGAUAUGUGAUAUUUUUAUAUAACGGGGGGGGGGCAAAAACAAAAAAAAGUUUUAUGUAAUAUAUAUAAUUUAUUGCUAUUAUGUUCCAGAAACCGGAUAAAAAAAAGCGAAUCUUUGAAAAGUUACCCGCUAUUUGAAAGCAGAAUCUCUUUAGUAUCAAUAAACAUCCUCUGAGUGCCAUAAUCAUCUAGAGGGCAAAUAUUCAGCUAACCCUUUAAAAUAUACCAAUUCUUUUAGCGUUAUUUUCACUAUCAUUUUUUGAGUAUCCUGGUGUGAUGUGCAGUCAUUUGUAGCUGGACUAUAUUCAUGCAACAGGCAGUGAUCUUAAAGGUAUUGGUCUGGUCGCCUCAGAAGGGCAGAGUUCAUCAUUAUCUGCUGUGUGCUGCCUAUAUGGAAAUAGAAGAAACCUUUACUACCUUUCAGCCAUGUGGUGCUAAAUAGCAUUUACUUUUUAUAUCUCUCUAUAUAUAUAUACUAGCAAACACGCUCACUGACAUACUACUGCCUAAAGUGCACAUCACCCUGCUAAUGCUUAUACCUGUUUAUGGCUAAAAGCUCCCUGGCCACAUUCUCAGGAGCUGCCGUAUGUAGUUUAAUAUUUAAAACUAAUGCUGGCCAUUUGUCGUGAUUUUCUAAGAGUUAAAAAGAACAAAGCUCUUUUUUUAGGGGUUCAUCUUUUCAUAGCUGACAUUUAACAUUUACCCAUAAGCAUUUUUUUUUUCUGUUUUAUUGUGCAUGUGUCCAUACAUGGGCUUAAAAGUUGACUGAAUGAAAGGAAUUGCUCCGUCGUUUCGAAAGACGUUUUUGGUUUUAUUGUUUAUAUAAUUAAAAAAUACAAUUCUUGAAUGUUUUUUUUUUUUAAAGACGCUGCCUGUCGAGCAAUCUCUAAAGACCGUGGACUGUUCUUAUCAUUUGCAUACAUGCAUACAAAAAAAAACUUUUCACAAACGUUUGCAAAGUAAAAAGUGUCCUCAGACGGUGCUUUGUACAGUUAUAAGAUAAUGUUCUUAUAUGUGGAUCAAACAAAGUGUAAUUUAUCUUUAACUUAAGUAGAUUUUUUGUUGUUGUUUUAAUUUCCGUCUGCAAAGAAGAGUUGCACACAAAAGAAGAUGAGGUUCCUGCGAGUGUUUAAUGAGGGAUGCAGCUGAUAUGAAUUCCAUCCCUGCAGAUCUUCCUGCUUUCUGUUCUACACUACAUGGCUGAACACUGCCCCCCUCCUCCCGACGCUGCCGCCUGUUCACUUUUAAUAGAAAAGGUCACAGUUAAGAGAUGUUACGUUUUGUUUUUCAAACAGCAUGAUCCACUAGCAGGACUAUAUUUCUCGUAGCUGACUGAUGCAGUUUUACGUACGUUAACACUAUCAUUUUGUAAGAGUAUCUUAUUUUUGUGUGUAAUUAGUUCUAAUUAAACUUGCCUUUGUCUAACAAUGUAAUAAGGCCUUCUA